CCCGGACGCAACGACAUCGUGCGCCAACUCGUGGAAAUGAGCAACGCCUUCACCAGCGCCACCGAGAUCGCCCUCGUGAUGGCCGCCACGCGCGCCGAGGAUCUGCGCUGGUUAUUAGAUUACUGUCGCGAUCGCAAUGCCGUCCCCCUCGUCUACAGCACCGAUUCCAACCCCGACCCCGGCUUCCAGAUCCCGCGCACCACCCGCGGCCGCGAGACCGCCGCCUACCUCUCCUACGUCGUCGACUACUAUGACCGUCUCCCCGCCUACAGCUUCUUCGUCCACUCCAACCCCGACCAGUGGCACAACGACCUCUUCGGGCCCAUGACGAAGGAUACUCUCCCACACGUGCGCUUGGAAGCGGUCGACGCGCAAGGGUACGUGAAUCUGCGGUGCACCCACGACCCGGGGUGUCCGACGAGCGUGAACCCGUGGGACCCGACGCAGAUCGACAUUGAGAAGGAUGACAUCCGCGCCUUUUUCCCGCAGGUCUACGAGGCGCUGUUUGACGUGGGGCCUGAUCAGGUCCCUGAGCAUAUCGGGAACGUCUGCUGCGGGCAGUUCGCCGUCAGCCGCGAGCGCAUCCGGCAACGACCCCGUGCGGACUACGAGCGGAUGCUGCGGUGGGCGGCGGAGACGGAAUUAACGGAUAGUUUCGGGGUGGGGUGGGUGUUUGAAAAGAUCUGGCAUAUUGUUUUUGGGACGGAGGUGAUCUAUUGUCCCCGGUUCGAACAGUGCCGGUGCGAUGUCUACGGGUGGUGCGGCCCCCUGCCAUCGGGCGAGACACUGCAGGCAGUGCGAGCGAAACCUGUAUAGACGUGAUGCGAUGUGAUGGAUAAC